AUGGAGAAAGCGAACCGCUCUAAACAGAUCAGCAUCGUGCCGAAGAAUGCCUACGGCCUGCGGACGGACAUUAUGGGGAACGUGCACUUCACGCUGAAACAGGAAAUCAUCUAUCCGGUCGCGGGCGUGCUGGCCUUUCACGAUUUUGUCACGAAUAAGCAAAAGUUUUUAAGAUUCCCACAAAACAGCCACCCGGAACGUAUCGUUAUCAGCCCGAACCGGAAGUUCAUCGCCGUCGCAGAGCGUACCAACGACAAUAAAUCGAUGGUCAACGUGUACGAGAUCGAGACGUUGCGCAAGCGAAAGACGCUGCAGCUACCACCGGAUUGUCCGAACACGCAGAUCGGUAACAUUUGCUUCACGCACGAUUCCCGCGGUGUGGCGGUCCUGUCGGUCGAACCGGAUGCCUUCCUUUCGAUCUUUUCGUUCGACAAAAAUGAUUCCCUCAUUAUCGGGCGUGCCUCGAACUCGAGCCAGCAGGGCCAAGCGAUCUACCUGUCGUGCAAUCCGAGCGAUGCCACGAUCGUGGCCGUCGGUGGUUUUUACAUGCUGAAGAUCAUGAACCGGACCGAUAAGGGCUUCGGCCAGAUCGGUACGAUCAAGGGGGAUGAUCUGCUGAUCACGUCCAUGACAUGGCUGUCGUCGGAGGUACUGGCCGCCGGGACAGCCGAAACCGAGAUCAUCUUUGUGGAGUCGGGAGAGCUAAAGAUCAAACAGCGAGCGGACGAAAUCGAAACGGUCGAUCUAUCGGGGGAAGGCGAUCUGGAGCAGGUGACGACACCGGCCGAGGUGGCCGGUCUUAAGCACGACCAUCACGAUGUCCUCUGUUUAACGCAGUUCGAGAAGGGCUUCCUUUACUCGAUCCACAACGUGGUGCACGUGUUCGAGCGCGAAACGAACUACAACUUCCGCAAAAAGUCCAUCAUCCGCAUCCCGAUCACGUUGUACGAGCCGGAGCUGUACAAGAUCUGCAACGUGGCGGUCAAUCAGGAACAGGAUACGAUUGUCGUGGCGACGAAGCAUUCGCAGAUCUACAUCGGGAUGCUGAUCGUACCGGAGACGCUCAAGAUCAGUGAGCUCGUGUUUCAGCAUCUCGGCGAACCGCUGCACAUCCGGGGCAUCAUUGGGAUGGCCGUUUGCUCCUGGAAACCGAUCGUCAUGACUGCGUCUCGCGACCUUACGAUCCGCGUGUGGAACUACGAAACGAUGAAGGUGGAGCUGGUUAAGAAGUAUCAGAUCGAGAUCGGUGUGAUCGCGCUGCAUCCAUCCGGUUUCUUUGCGGCUGUCGGUUUCAUCGAUCUGCUGCGGUUGCUGCAGAUCCAGCUGGACGAUCUGCAGGAGACGAAAAGCUUCAACCUGGCCAGCUGCACGCAAUUGCAAUUCUCGAACCAAGGCCACCUGUUAGCGGCCGCCCACGGUAAAACGAUCACGUUGAUCUGCAUCUUCACGUUCGAGGUAGUACAGACGCUGAAGGGCCACAAUGGAAGCAUCCUGAGCCUGUCCUGGUCCACGGACGAUUCCAUCCUGGCAUCCGGUGGUAACGAUGGAGCGAUCUACAAGUGGAACGUGGUGACGGGCGAACGGUUGGAAGAGGUCGUCCAGAAGGGUAUCCAGUAUCGGUCCCUUGCCCUCACCAGCGAUGCGCACUCGGUCUACUCGAUCACCAACACGGGGCUGAUACGAGAGGUGGCCAAAUCGGAUAUCGCAAGAGAGUUUAAGAUCCCUGAACUAACACCCCUCACCGAUAUGGCGUUAGCUCGUUCGGAUGCCAUUUUGUUCGUCGGUAGCGUCAAAGGACAUCUGUACAAUGUGCAGGUUCCACUGGUGGACACCAGCAGUGGCAAUUGUACCAACUUCCGUUUCUUCAACACGAAAGUGACAAAGAUCUGCAUCACGUACGAUGACUGUACGCUGAUCACUGCCGCGGACGAUGGAACGCUGAUCGUGUGGCACAUACUGAACAACGAGGGUCGUACGGCACGCCACGCGCCCGAACUGGGACGCUGUGCCGAUGUGCUGAUUGCCCGCCAGGAGCUGAUCGAGAAGAAUGAGGCGAUCACCACGCUCGAGAUGCGUAUCCAGCAGCAGAGCGCAGAGUUCCAGUAUAAGAUGCAGCAAGGUGAUGCCUUCCAUUCGGAGCAGAUGCGUGACAUCCACAAGGAUUACUGUGCAGCGAUCGAGAAUUUGAAGAAAAAGAAUGUCGAUAUGGAGCAGGCGCACACGGAAGAGUUCAACCUGAUAACGGCCAGCAUCGCGCAGGCCAAGGAAGAACACCAGAAGGAGAUGAUGGACUUUGAGGCUCAGUUCCACGAGAAGAUCAUUCUUGAGUACGAUAAGCUGACCGCAAUGAAGAGCAAGAUGGACGCGAUGCGGGAGGAGUAUGAGGUGAAACUUCGGCGAUCGGCUGGCUGUUUGCAGGACACGAUCGAAUCGAUGGAAGCAGACCAACGCCGGUUGUUGAACGAGAAGCAAGAAAUCAUCGACAGUCUGCUGAAGGAUAUGGAACGGAAACGGGAAGAGUUCGACGAGUACUGCCGCCAGGUGGACGUCGAUAACGAUCGGCACAAGGUGGAGCUGCAGCUGCAGUACGAGAAGAAGCUGCAGGAGGAGGAGGAAAACUCGAUCAAGUGGCGAGGGGAGGCGGGCGUUUUAAAGAAAAAGUUCUCCACCCUCAGCCGAGAGGCCGAAGCGUACCGUAAGGAGAUCGAAACGAUGCAAUCGCAGCACGGCAAGUUCCAGCAAAGCAUCCGGCAGCACCAGCGCGAGAUCGAGGCACUGCGCCGGGAAGUGUCGGAGCGUGAUGGGACGAUCCGCGAGCGCGAUCGGAAGGUGUACGAACUGGGCCGAAAAAAUGCCGAACUGGAAAAGUACAAGCAGGUGCUGGCGCUUAAGAUCAGCGAACUGAAGGCCCAGAUCGAACCGAAAGAGCGCGAGAUCAAGGAGCGGAAAGAGUUCAUCCACGAGAUGGAGAAGAAACUGGAGGAACUGCAGCAACUGAACAAACAGUACGAGCUGCAGUUGCAAGAGAUCCGCGACAAGUACUACGGGCUCGAUCUGGAGUUGCGCCGGGAGCGUAGCCGGUUCCGUAAUGCUAAGGCCGUCCAGCAGCGCAUGUGCGGCGAGAUCUACCAGGUAUCGGGGUUGAUACAGCGACCGGAGGAGUUGAAGCGCAGCGUUAAGGAGCUCUGCCAUCGGUACGCCGAGGACAAGGAGAUGCAACGUUCGCUCGCCCUCGAUGAGGACGUGCAGAAUGAGUUUCUGCGCCAGCGCGAGUACCUCGAGCGUAUGACUAGCAAGAGCGCGAAGCAGAAGAGUGCCCAGCGUAAGGACGGUGGCGAAUCGCUUAAGCUGAUGAGGGAAAACAUGGAGCUGCUGGCCGAGCUGAACAAGCUGCGUGAACUACUGAACGAGAAACAGCGAGCCAGUACGCGUAUGGAAGCGCUACUCGGGCUCUCCAGCAAAGCCAUCUCUCCGCGAGAAGCGAAAGAGAAGCUGGAAAAGGCUGUUGCGGAUCGCGAUGCGAUUGAAGCGCAGCACCGCGAGCAGAUCAGCAAACUGGAGGAUAUGGUGCGUACGCUAUCGGCCGAGAAUCAAACACUCCGUGCCGACAUGAUCGUGACGCAGGCUGCGCGAACCAAACCGAACACCCAGAAUCUAAAGUAGACC